CGAGUUGGCGUUUCUUGUACAGCCCUCUGCAGUAGUUCCGAGUCCACGUCCGUCCCUCUUCCCCUCUCCGGCGACGGCGAUUCGACAAAGUUCCCCCGCCGGAAAUAUCUGAAGGACGAACGAGGAUGUUGUUUCAGCUCCCUCGGCUGACGAGUGCUCUCAGAGACCCCUUUGAUGUCGAUCAGGCCUAUCUCCAUCGUAAAGCUGUCCUGCAGAGCCGGAGUAAGCCUCGCAAUUCCGCGAAUUCUCUUGAUGAGUCGGAGCUUGCCUGUAAGAUUGUUCAUCGAUGGGAAGAAGCUUCCCUGGAAGUAAGGCAGGCAUACAAGCAGUUUAUUGGCAUUGUAGUGGAGCUAAUUGACAGAGAAGUAGCUUCAGAAGAGUUCCAUGAGGUGGGCUUGGCAGUGUACUGGCUUUUUGCUAAGCCAGCAGAAGAAGAAGAGGAUGAGAAUAAAUAUAUUGCGUUAAAGAAGGUGGAGCUUGAGAAAAUUGUCGGCCAUGCAGUUUCAGUGGCACAUGUGCAGAAAGUCGCUUCUCAUGCUCAGAGGCUCUCUGUAUUGCAGCCUGGAGACCAUGGGAUUGCAAUAAACUCUAAGGAGCAAGUGAAUGGAUAUAGUAGUGAUGUGGAAUUUGGUGCCGAUCUCGCUUUUCAUGCUCCAUCUCGCUUUCUGAUUGAUGUGGCUUUGGAGGAUGUCGAUCUGCUUGGCAUAGAAGCCUCUGCCUCCCAGUCUUUGGCUUCGUUUCAUCACGGAUGGUAUGAAGAUGGGGACUCUAAAUAUAAUCAAUUGGCUGAUGGCAGAAGCUACGAUCUAAGUUGGUUGAGAGAUUUAUGUGAUGUGUUAGCGAGGGAUAGUUCUUCAGCCCUCUCUGGAGAUGAAUUGGCGAUGACUAUAUGCCGAGUGCUUGAUUCAGACAAACCUGGAGAGGAGAUAGCUGCUGAUUUACUGGACCUUGUUGGGGAUUCAGCGUUUGAAACAGUGCAAGAUAUCAUAAUGCAUCGCGAGGAGCUAGUUGAUGCAGUACAUCGUGGCAUGCUGGCUUUAAAAUCUGAUAAAACAACUUCAAGUGCUCAAUCGCGCAUGCCUAGUUAUGGAACUCAGGUUACGGUUCAAACAGAAUCUGAGAAACAAAUUGACAAAUUGCGGCGGAAGGAGGAAAAACGCCAUAGACAUGGAGCAGAAUAUGCUGCUGAGAGCAAUUUUUCUGCUGCAAGUUUUUCUUCCUUACUUGAGGCGAGUGAGAAGAAGCGUCCUUUUGAUGUCUUGGUAGGGACUGGCGAACACUUGUUGCCUGUUCGGGACCUUCCUCAAGGAACUAUGAGGAAGCAUUACAAGGGAUAUGACGAAGUCAUUAUUCCGCCUACGCCAACAGCAGAAAUGAAACCUGGCGAGAAACUGAUUGAAAUUAAGGAGCUUGAUGAUUUUGCUCAAGCUGCUUUUCGUGGCUACAAGACCCUGAAUCGUAUACAGAGCAGGAUAUUUCAGACUGUUUAUUACACAAAUGAAAACAUUUUGGUCUGUGCUCCAACUGGAGCUGGCAAAACAAAUAUAGCCAUGAUCUCUAUUUUGCAUGAGCUUGGGCAGCACUUUAAGGAGGGUUACUUGCACAAAGACAAGUUCAAGAUUGUUUAUGUUGCUCCAAUGAAGGCUUUGGCUGCUGAGGUGACAUCUACGUUUAGCCACCGUUUAUCACCGCUGAAUGUGGCAGUUAGGGAACUCACUGGGGACAUGCAGCUAACAAAAUAUGAACUCGAUGAAACUCAGAUGAUCGUGACAACCCCAGAGAAAUGGGAUGUUAUCACCCGCAAGAGCAGUGAUAUGUCACUCUCAAUGUUGGUGAAGCUCUUGAUUAUUGAUGAAGUGCAUCUCUUAAAUGAUGAUAGAGGUGCUGUGAUUGAGGCGCUGGUUGCUCGGACCCUCCGUCAGGUGGAGUCGACACAGUCGAUGAUACGUAUUGUGGGCCUUUCAGCAACUUUACCUAAUUAUCUGGAGGUUGCGGAAUUUUUGAAAGUCAAUCCACAGAAAGGAUUAUUCUUUUUUGAUUCUAGCUACCGUCCCGUGCCUCUAGCUCAACAGUACAUUGGGAUCAGUGAGCACAACUUCUUAGCUCGAAUGGAAUUGUUGAAUGAAAUAUGCUACAAAAAGGUGGCUGAUGCAAUAAAGCAAGGCCAUCAGGCUAUGAUCUUUGUUCAUUCACGGAAGGACACUGCAAAAACGGCUGAGAAGUUGGUUGAAGUUGCCAGAAUAAAUGACGAGCUAGAUCUCUUUAAGAAUGAUGCACAUCCCCAGUUUUCCUUAAUCAAGAAAGAAGUUCACAAGUCUAGAAACAAAGAUCUUGUUAAACUUUUUGAAUUUGGGGUUGGCAUCCAUCAUGCUGGGAUGCUACGAGCUGAUAGAGGUCUAACUGAGCGUCUUUUCUCAGAUGGACUAUUGAAGGUGCUUGUAUGUACAGCCACCUUGGCAUGGGGUGUGAAUCUUCCUGCUCAUACUGUUGUAAUAAAGGGUACCCAGUUGUAUGACCCUAAGGCUGGGGGAUGGAAGGACUUGGGCAUGCUGGACGUAAUGCAAAUAUUUGGACGUGCUGGGAGGCCUCAGUUUGAUAAGAGUGGGGAAGGGAUUAUAAUUACAUCUCAUGACAAACUGUCAUAUUACCUGAGACUAUUGACAAGUCAACUUCCCAUUGAAAGUCAGUUCAUUAGCUCAUUGAAGGAUAAUCUAAAUGCGGAGGUGGUAUUAGGUACUGUUACCAAUGUGAAAGAAGCUUGUGCAUGGCUUCGUUAUACAUAUCUUGCAGUAAGGAUGAGAUUGAAUCCUUUGGCAUAUGGCAUUGGAUGGGAUGAGGUUGUUGCAGAUCCUUCUUUAACUUUAAAACAAAGAGCUCUUGUGACUGAGGCUGCUCGGGCGCUUGACAAAGCGAAAAUGAUGCGCUUUGACGAGAAAAGUGGCAAUUUUUACUGCACAGAGCUUGGUCGUAUUUCAAGCCACUUUUAUAUUCAGUAUUCAAGUGUGGAAACUUACAAUGAAAUGUUACGUCGCCACAUGAAUGAAGCUGAGAUCAUCGACAUGGUAGCCCGUUCUUCUGAAUUCGAGAAUAUUGUUGUUCGAGAAGAAGAGCAGAAUGAGCUUGAAGAGUUGGCACGGACAUGCUGCCCAUUAGAAGUCAAAGGCGGUCCUUCAAAUAAACAUGGGAAAAUAUCUAUUCUUAUACAGAUAUACAUAUCUCGAGGCUCAAUCGACACAUUCUCAUUAGUUUCUGAUGCUGCAUACAUAAGUGCAAGUUUGGCUCGUAUAAUGCGGGCUCUUUUUGAAAUUUGUUUACGUAGAGGAUGGAGUGAGAUGUCUUUGUUCAUGUUGGAAUAUUGCAAGGCAGUGGAUCGUCAAGUUUGGCCCCAUCAACAUCCCCUAAGACAAUUUGACAAAGACCUUUCAUCUGAGAUUCUGUGGAAGCUUGAAGAGAAAAAUGCUGACUUGGAUCGUUUAGUGGACAUGGAAGAAAAAGACAUUGGAGCACUGAUUCGUUAUGGGCCUGGAGGAAGGUUGGUCAAACAGUAUCUAGGUUACUUUCCAUCACUACAGUUAUCAGCUACUGUCAGUCCGAUAACCAGAACUGUCUUGAAGGUGGCUUUGCUCAUUACGCCUAAUUUCACAUGGAAAGAACGUUUUCAUGGUCAAGCACAACGUUGGUGGAUCCUUGUCGAGGAUUCUGAGAAUGAUCACAUUUAUCAUUCAGAGCUUUUUACACUAACAAAGAAAAUGGCUAGGGGUGAACCACAGAAGCUCUCCUUUACUGUUCCGAUAUUUGAACCACACCCACCACAGUACUACAUUCGUGCUGUAUCUGAUUCUUGGCUGCAUGCAGAGGCGUUCUAUGUCAUAUCUUUCCACAAUUUAGCUCUUCCAGAGGCUCGCACAAUGCACACUGAGCUCUUAGAUCUGAAGCCUCUACCUGUGACUUCGCUUCGUAACCCUACUUACGAAUCCUUAUACAAGUUUUCUCAUUUUAAUCCUAUUCAAACCCAGGCUUUUCACAUUCUCUAUCACACGGAUAAUAAUGUUCUGUUGGGAGCUCCCACUGGAAGUGGGAAAACCAUAUCUGCUGAGCUUGCUAUGCUUCGCCUCUUCGACACUCAACCAGACAUGAAGGUUGUCUAUAUAGCACCUCUGAAGGCUAUUGUUCGGGAAAGAAUGAGCGAUUGGAAAAAGAACCUUGUUCCUCGUCUUGGGAAGCAAAUGGUUGAAAUGACAGGAGACUAUACUCCUGAUCUGAUGGCCCUAUUGUCUGCAGACAUUAUCAUAUCUACUCCUGAGAAAUGGGAUGGUAUUAGCCGUAACUGGCAUAGUAGAAGCUAUGUUAAGAAGGUUGGCCUUACGAUUUUGGAUGAGAUACACUUGCUGGGAGCUGAUCGUGGGCCCAUUCUUGAGGUAAUUGUCUCAAGAAUGAGAUACAUAUCAUCUCAGACAGAUCGUGCUGUACGCUUUGUCGGCCUUUCUACCGCUUUAGCAAAUGCCGGAGAUUUAGCUGAUUGGCUGGGUGUUGGGGAGACUGGACUCUUUAAUUUUAAGCCAAGUGUAAGGCCUGUGCCACUCGAAGUCCAUAUCCAGGGAUAUCCCGGAAAAUUCUACUGUCCCCGAAUGAAUAGCAUGAACAAACCUGCAUAUGCUGCAAUCUGCACCCAUUCGCCUACGAAGCCAGUGCUUAUAUUUGUUUCAUCACGUCGCCAGACUAGGCUCACCGCAUUGGACCUUAUUCAGUUUGCAGCUUCUGAUGAACACCCCAGGCAGUUUCUAAGUUUGGCAGAAGUAGAGUUGCAGAUGGUUCUUUCUCAAAUCACCGAUCAGAACCUCAGGCACACAUUACAGUUUGGUAUUGGGCUACAUCAUGCUGGAUUAAAUGAUCGGGAUCGGUCAUUGGUUGAGGAACUUUUUGCAAACAGUAAGAUCCAGGUACUGGUUUGCACCAGCACAUUGGCUUGGGGUGUAAAUCUUCCAGCUCAUCUAGUUAUAAUAAAGGGAACAGAAUAUUAUGAUGGAAAAUCAAAGAGAUAUGUUGAUUUUCCAAUUACAGAUAUCUUGCAAAUGAUGGGUCGUGCUGGGCGACCGCAAUAUGAUCAACAUGGGAAAGCAGUUAUCCUAGUCCAUGAGCCCAAAAAGAGCUUCUACAAAAAGUUUUUGUACGAGCCUUUCCCAGUAGAAAGUAGUCUAAAGGAGCAGUUGCAUGAUCAUAUUAAUGCGGAGAUUGUUUCUGGCACAAUUUGCCACAAGGAGGAUGCAGUGCAUUAUCUCACUUGGACAUACUUGUUUCGUAGACUGAUGGUUAAUCCAGCAUAUUAUGGCUUGGAGGAUACAGAGCCCGAAACUCUGAGCUCUUAUUUGUCAAGGUUGAUACAAAACACAUUUGAAGAUCUGGAAGACAGCGGUUGCAUCAAAAUGGAUGAGGACAGAGUGGAGUCAAUGAUGUUGGGUUCCAUAGCUUCUCAGUAUUAUCUUAGCUACAAGACCGUGUCGAUGUUUGGUUCAAAUAUAAGCCCUGAUACAUCGAUUGAAGUGUUUUUGCUUAUCUUAUCCGGUGCUUCAGAAUAUGAUGAACUUCCUGUUCGCCAUAAUGAGGAUCUCAAGAAUGCUGCAUUGGCUGAGAAAGUCAGAUAUAAUGUUGACAAGAAUCGUCUCGAUGAUCCUCAUGUCAAAGCCAAUCUGUUAUUCCAGGCACAUUUUUCUCAGUUGGAGCUUCCAAUAAGUGACUACGUGACAGACCUGAAGUCAGUGUUGGACCAGAGUAUUCGAAUCAUCCAGGCCAUGAUAGAUAUAUGUGCUAAUAGCGGGUGGCUAGCAAGCUCGAUUACUUGCAUGCAGCUUCUACAAAUGAUCAUGCAGGGUCUGUGGUGUGAUAAAGGCUCCUCCCUGUGGAUGUUGCCGAGUAUGAAUGUCGAAAUUGAGGAUGCACUUAGAAGAAGAGGACUCACUACUCUGCAGCAGCUACUGAGGGUUCCAAAGGAUACUUUGCAGAGUAUAAUUGGGAAUUCCACUGCACAAAGACUGUUUCAGGAUCUACAGCAUUUUCCUCAUGUGCAAAUCAAAUUGAAGUUCCAGAGGAGGGAAGGUGAUGAUGAAAAUUCUCGUAGUUUGAGCAUUAAACUGGAGAAGACUAAUUACAGGAGGAGCACAUCUAGAGCUUUUGUUCCGAGAUAUCCCAAGGUAAAAGAUGAAGCAUGGUGGUUGGUGCUCGGGAAUACGUCUACCUCCGAACUGUAUGCACUCAAAAGAAUUUCUUUUACCAAUCAUGUGGUUACCCACAUGAAAUUGCCAGAAACCCUGACGAAUCUCCAGGGAGUGAAGCUGAUAUUAGUCUCCGAUUGCUAUCUCGGGUUUGAGCAAGAGGUUUCCGUAGAAAAUAUUUAAUUCCAGCUACUGGAAGAACUAAGAGGGCAAGCAAGAAUCUUUGAAUCAGAAAGAUUUGCCACCACAGAUCUAAGGAUUCUGAAGCUCCAUCUAGCUCGGGAAAGGCUGGCAUUCAGAAGGUCCACGUUAUGCAUACGGUAUAUGCAUAUUUCAUUUCAUCAAAUAUUGUAGUAUUUAUAAGAUAUGGAUGUAAAUCAAGUAGCAUUUAAAGGUCUUGUGAUCUUCUCGACAUUGCAUCAACUAUGUUCUUUGCUAAUCUCAUGUUACACUAAACAAAUAAUUAUGCUGUUUAGUGAACAACUAUCCAAAAAUUUCAAUAUCCAUUUCUA